GAUAGGCGCUUUUAGAUAACAAUUUAAUAAUUGAUUUUAAUUAAAAAAAAAUGCUGAUUUAAUUUUUAAAUGAUCACUUGUUUUGUUUCUAAAAUUUUUAUCUUACAUUGUACAAAAUCAAAACAUGGAGAAAAAUAAGAUUGAAAUGAUUACCUCGACAAAUGAUUACCUCGUAUUUCUUCCAAGAAGAAUCUUUUCUACUCAUAUACUAUGUAAAAACGAUCUUCAAAACAUUUCUUCUGACAAUUUGCUCAUUACUUCCGGUAAUUUAAAAAAAAACCAGUAUGAAAAAGCCAGGGAAAUGUACGAGCAGUUAAACAAUUUACCAGUUUUUGCUAAAUAUGAUUUAGCCUGGAUGUAUUUUAAUGGUCUUGGUGGCGAAAGAAGGGUGUCAGAUGCUGUAAAGUUGAUGCAAGAAAUAACAAAUCAGAGUCACCCAUCUGAUAUUAUUUACUGUGCAUACUUUAAUAUUGGAUGUGCCUAUUAUGAAGGAGUUGGUGUUAAACAGUCAGAUGUAGAAGCUGAAUAUUGGUGGUUACAGGCAGCUCAGGAUGGAUUUACCGGAGGAUGUGUGAAAGCUAUGUCAGUUCUUGGAAUGUAUUACUCAAGGCUGGGUGAAGAAAAAUAUGAUUUGAAAAAGGCUCACUAUUGGCAUCAAGAAGCAACAGGUAAUGGCAGCAUUGAAUCACAAACAGCUCUUGGAGUAAUGUAUGAAAAUGGGAUUUAUGUUAAAAAAGAUGUCAAAGCUUCAUUUAAAUGUUUUAAAUCAGCAGCUGAACGUGGAGGUGUUUAUGCAAUGGGUCAUCUAGCAUUACAAUAUUACAAACACAAAAUGUUUAAAAAUGCAGCUAUUGUUUCAAAAAGAGUUGGUUCAUUAGAUGAUUCGUUGUAUUUUUCUAAGAAGACUGAUAGUUUAGAAUUUUAUGUUAAAAAAGGUAUUGCAAUGGGAUGUUUUGUUUAUGGGCGUUGUAUUGAGCACAAAUUAGGAGAUGUAAAUGCAAACGAAGAUCCAAACUACUGGUAUAAAAGGGCGGUGUAUUUUGAUAUGGAUACUUCACAAUAUCUUCAAAAUCUUAUACCAUAUGGAGGUGGUAUUACUGAAAAAAACUUUCUAAGAAUCAAAGAUGGUUGCAACGCAAAAGAAUAUCAUUGGUCAGCUAGGUCUACUAAAGACUCAGGAAUGUAUCAUCGUAGAUCAGACAUUUAUAUGGGUUCUCCUUUGUAUCCUUCUGAAUACUCAAUUAAAGUUUGUAGCAAAGAUCGUAUUGACAAAUUGCGUGCAAUUCUCAGCUGUACAUAAAAAGUUUGAUAGGCAUUUAAAAUAAAUGUGAUGAAACUGUUAAUAAAUAAACAUAUUUGUUUCACAGAAUUGAAAAUUAAAGACUAAACAAUAAAAGAUGUUAUUUCUUGACUUGAUCAAAAAAUAAUAAAAAAUAUUUUCACA